CACCUAUUUUUGCGGUACAUUACGCUCACUGUCUGUUACUACUGUUAAAACAUUUUUGCUUGUCUAAACUGUAUUCCUUUGUAUAUUUAUUACUUGUCAUUUUGGUUCAUACCAGUUUGGUGAGUGUGUACCCUUACGAAAUACAUACGAGCAAACAAGAAUAUCGUUGCUAGAGCUGGUCUGACCAUUUUUCUUUUGUAUUCAGUAUUUUUACGUGGAUUUUUCUGUAUCUCUAGUCUACUCUUUCUGUUUUUGUAUCCAUUAAUCGGUUUAAGUUUGCGUUCUUAAUCUUGUUUACCCGCUUUCGUCUUGAUUCACCGUUCCUAGUCGUGCAAAAUGCUUGCUCAGUUAAUUGCCUUAUCUUUGUUGAACGUCUUUGUGAGCGCUGUCGAACGCGUAUACGAAUGGAAUGUUACUGAUGUAUAUGAUGUUGAUCCCACUCAAACUGGAAACGGACGUUGGGUCAUGGGAGUCAAUGGAAAGUGGCCCAUUGAUCCUAUUGUAGUUGAUUACGGCGACCAGGUCGUAAUUAAAAUGACUAAUCAGCUGACCGACAAUCGAACCUGCAGUCUGCAUUCUCAUGGAAUAUUCCAAAACCACACGGCUUAUAUGGAUGGCCCCCCUCAAAUUACUCAAUGCUCAAUUCCCCCUGGCGACACUUUCAUUUACAACUUUACGGCUUUGCAGAACGGCACUUACUGGGUACAUUCUCAUGACAUGUCUCAAUAUCCUGACGGACUGCGCACACCCUUCAUUAUUAAUGCGAAAGAAGAACCUUACGACUAUGAUGAAGAGCUUAUAAUAUCACUUACCGAUUGGUAUAACACUCCUUUUCAUGAGCUGUUUCAUACAGAAUUUAAGACAUUUAAGAAUCCCACUGGUGCUGAACCAGUUCCUGAUGCUGGUCUUAUGAAUGAUACGCUUAAUGCUACCUUCGCAGUUACACCUGGAAAGACAUAUCGGAUUCGCUUCAUAAACAUUGGUGCAUUCAAUGCUUAUACGGUUGCGAUUGAAGACCAUGACAUGACAAUUAUUGAAGUUGACGGAGAGUAUACGAAGCCCGCAACGGCUAGUUCUAUCCGACUUUCUGCUGCCCAGCGUUGCAGUGUACUUGUUCAAAUGAAGAACGACACCUCACGUAAUUAUGCCAUUACGGCAUAUAUGGACGAGAGCUUGUUUGAUGUAAUUCCAGACAAUUACAAUCCCAAUGUAACGGCUUGGUUGUCAUACAAUAAUGACUCUGCAUACGAUGUUGCAGCUCCGGUUGGUGAACUCGAUUGGUAUGAUGAUACGCUAUUGGAACCUUUAUGGGAAUCUAAUUGGGGUGAUUCCUCCAAUCUGCUUCAACUUGAUUUUGACUUUUACACUCUUGCUGACGGUGCUAACUAUGCCGCCAUAAAUGGUACUCCUUUUGUGGAUCCUAAAGUGCCUGGAAUUAUGAUUGCGAACUCAACAAACUUUGAUGGCUAUAACUUGAAGCCUAUCACAUAUGGUCCAUAUACAAACGCUAUCGUUCUCGAACAUUUGCAAGUUAUUGAUAUCAUCGUGAAUAAUUACGAUACAGGUAUCCAUCCUUUCCAUAUGCAUGGUCAUGUUUUUGAGGUACUUGAAAGAGGAGAAGAAGAUGCGGGUGUAUAUGACUUCUCCGUUCAACAUAACUAUUCUACUAAUCCAGUACGUCGAGAUACAGUUGACAUUUGGCCUACGAGUUAUGUUGUCAUUCGUAUGAUUGCGAACAAUCCCGGUGUCUGGGUUUUCCAUUGUCAUAUUGAAUGGCAUAUGGACAGUGGAUUAGUUGCGACACUUGUUGAAGCUCCAGAAUUGGUGCCACAAAUCGCUUCCCCUGACUACGUUCGUCAACAAUGUCUCGAACAGAAGAUCCCAAUAGCGGGCAAUGCUGCGGGAAACACGGUCAAUAUUUCAGACUUAACUGGAUCUCCUAGUGCACCCGGAGAAAUGCCAGCCGGAUGGACGUCCAAAGCAAUUGCUACUGUAGCAAUGUGUGUACUCGCUGCUUUAAUUGGUAUGGGUUCUAUUAUUUGGUACGGAAUGCAGGUGGAACGUAUCAAUGCUGUCGAGGAGACGGAAAAAGACGAUUGGAACAAAAUGCUUGCUGAUGGAUGAAGCAGUUGAGAUGAAAUGAUACCCAUAUCAUGCAAUGUUGUCACAGAAAAACCGUUCUUUACAUUGUAUAUUUUUAUAUUUUUAUUAGUUUAUAUCUCUUAGUAUAUGUAAUCACAUGAAAGUGAAUUGGUAGUGUUUUUUAAAAAUGAGUGAACGGAUUGAUUCACAUACUGUUUCUUAAAUAAGAAAUUAUUACUAUCAUUGUUAAACAACG